UGUCCGCAGUCUCUGGUUAUAUCCUGUACUAUGUCCGAAGUCUCUGGUCAUCUCCUGUACUAUGUCCUGUCCGCAGUCUCUGGUCAUAUCCUGUACUAUGUCCGCAGUCUCUGGUCAUCUCCCUGUACUAUGUCCGCAGUCUCUGGUCAUCUCCUGUACUGUGUCCGCAGUCUCUGGUCUGGUCCGCAUCUCCUGUACUGUGUCCGCAGUCUCUGGUCAUCUCCUGUACUGUGUCCGCAGUCUCUGGUCAUCUCCUGUACUGUGUCCGCAGUCUCUGGUCAUCCUGUACUGUGUCCGCAGUCUCUGGUCAUAUCCUGUACUGUGUCUGCAGUCUCUGGUCAUCUCCUGUACUGUGUCCGCAGUCUCUGGUCAUCUCCUGUACUAUGUCUGCAGUCUCUGGUCAUCUCCUGUACUGUGUCCGCAAUCUCUGGUCAUCUCCUGUACUGUGUCCGCAGUCUCUGGUCAUCUCCUGUAGUAUGUCCGCAGUCUCUGGUCAUCUCCUGUAGUAUGUCCGCAGUCUCUGGUCAUCUCCUGUAGUAUGUCCGCAGUCUCUGGUCAUCUCCUGUAUAUGUCCGCAGUCUCUGGUCGUCUCCUGUACUGUGUCCGCAGUCUCUGAUCGUCUCCUGUACUAUGUCUGCAGUCUCUGGUCGUCUGCUGUACUAUCUUCGCAGUCUCUCUCCUGUA